UUGUCUGUACGUUUGGUUCGACAAAAUCCGAUUCUUUUCCCUUUUUAUUACAAAAACUUGGUGAAUUUUCUCUUUUCUUCUUCUUCUUCUUGUCAUAAAUUAUUUAUGGAAAUCAACCCCAUUCAAGGGAUUUGAUUCACCACCAUUCUCAUUUCGAUGAUUUAAGGUGAUAGUUGAUGAAAGCUGAUUUGAAUUUAUAAUAUUGAAGAAGGGAAAUCAGAGGGGUAGAAGAGUAAAAAGAUGUUUACAUGUAUAGCCUGCACAAAGCCCGGAGCUGAGGAAGGUGAAGAAGCAGCCCGUGGUACUCCCUCUACUAAAGAAGCCGUCAAAAGCCUGACGGCGCAGAUAAAAGACAUUGCACUUAAAUUCUCGGGUAAGCAAUGCAAGCCGUGCACGGGAUCCAGCAGUUAUAGGAAAGGACAGAGACCUUACCCGGACUUUGAUGUGGCUUCUGAAGGCGUUCCUUACCCCUAUUUCGGAGGUGGAAGCUCGAGCUCGACGCCUGCAUGGGAUUUCCCAAGUGCAGGUCACCAUAGGGGCCCAAGGGGUGACUCAAGAUUUACCGGGGUAUUGAGUGGUGAUCAGACUCCAAGGGCAGAUUCUUGUGAUGUCUUGCUGGAAGAGGAUGAAUCUAAGGAGUGGAUGGCGCAGGUUGAGCCGGGAGUUCACAUCACUUUUGUGUCUCUUCCUAAUGGGGGAAAUGAUUUAAAGCGUAUUCGCUUCAGCCGAGAGAUGUUUAACAAGUGGCAAGCCCAGCGAUGGUGGGGUGAGAACUAUGAUAGAAUCAUGGAGCUUUACAAUGUCCAGAGAUUUAACCGUCAAGCUCUUAAUACUCCGCCGAGGUCUGAGGAUGAGCAAAGAGAUUCUUCUUAUUCAAGAUUGGGAUCUGCAAGGGAAAGCCCUAUGGUCCCAUCAUACACACCAAGAAAUCACUACAAACCCUCGGGAAGUAGAGGGUAUUUUCCAUCUGACGUUAUGGAACAAGUUGGCGGCCAAAAUUACCAUGCGGGUUCGAGUGGGCCAAGAGGUGAGGCAUCUUCUCUGGAUGCAUCAAGGACAACAACAUCGUCUAGAGACGAGCCUUCUGUAUCUGCUAGCAAUGCUAGUGAUCUCGAAUCAGAAUGGGUCGAGGAAGACGAGCCUGGUGUGUACAUUACUAUCAGACAAUUAGCGGAUGGCAACAGGGAGCUACGGAGAGUGAGAUUCAGCCGGGAAAAAUUCGGAGAAGUGCAUGCGAAGACAUGGUGGGAAGAGAACCGAGAAAGAAUACAAACUCAAUACCUAUAAAUAGAAUUUACAAUGUUAGCAGUUGAAUUCAGGGAAAGAAGAAAAGUUUUGUCAUUACCUAUGAAGGUUUUUUCAUUAUUAAUUCUUUUUACAGAGAUAUGGCAUUGCAACAUAUACUGUCACACUCAUUUCUUUAUAAUGCCAAGUUUACUAACAUGGUUUCAGGUUUUGUCUCAA